AUGCUUUUAACCCGUUUAUUAAGGAACCGCUCAUCUUAUUUAGGUAACAGUUACUAUUUAAAGCUAAAUCGCUAUACAAAUACAGCAGCAAACUACCAAUUCAAUGUACAGAUAAACAACAAAAACUUGAACAAUUAUAUUGAAAAAUUGCAACAAGAAUACACUGAAAUAAUUCAGCAGCCAAACUAUAUAAUAAAUCAACGUGUAAAUGAGUUGCAACCUCUAAUAAACCUACUUAAUGAGCGUAAAGCUAUUGUUUCAAAUAUCUCAAGUCUCACAGAGUUACUUGACUCAAACGACAAAGAAAUGAUGGAGUUGGCAAAACAAGAAAAACUUGAGCUGGAAAGCAAACUUCAGUCUAUUGAUGACAACUUAGUUGAGGCAAUAUUGCCCAACGAAACCCAAGACUCCUUUAAUUCAAUUGUAUUAGAAAUCAAAUCGGGAGUUGGUGGACAAGAGGCCAUGUUAUUCGCCCAAGAAAUCUACAACUUGUAUUGCACUUUUAUUGCAAAUAAAGGUUGGCAAUACGAAAUAGCAGAAUACCUGACAACAGACCUAGGAGGCUUGAGACACGCUUCAAUUUUAAUCGAAGGCCCUCAAGCAUUCAAAUAUUUCAAACACGAAGCAGGGGUGCACCGAGUGCAACGGAUACCCUCAACUGAAAAAAGCGGCAGGAUUCAUACCAGCACGGUAUCAGUAUUGGCAUUACCACAACCAAGCGAAAUCGAUAUUCAAAUCGAUCCAAAAGAUUUAAAAAUCGAGACAAAAAGAUCAACUGGUGCAGGAGGUCAGCACGUGAACACAACAGACUCGGCAGUCCGAAUAGUUCACUUGCCUACAAACAUCGCUGUGGAGUGUCAAGUUGACAGAUCUCAAAUUAAAAAUAGAAAACUGGCGCUGGCCAGGCUCAGAGCGAUGCUUUACCAAAAAGAGUUGGACCAGCAAAUUGCCGCAAUAGCAGCCAAAAGAAAAAGCCAAGUCAGAUCCAAUGACCGAAACGAAAAGAUUCGUACUUAUAAUUAUAAUCAGGAUAGAAUUACGGAUCACAGGUUGCACGGAGUGCAUUAUCACAAUUUGAAGGGGUUUAUGGUCAAUGGAGUGGAUUUGGAGAAGUUAAUUGAACAGUUGGACAAGCAGUUCAAAGUGGAUAGAUUAAUGGAGCUGGUUGAAAAUAGUUAA